UUACUCUAUGUUGUCAUUUUAUUAAAUUCUUAGAUUACUCAUUUCUAUUCUUUUUGUUUCUAACAGGUAACAAUCAUAUUCCCUGCGUUAAUUCACACGUACAAAAUUGUGUUUUCUUGUGUUGUUCAGUGCUUGUGUUAUAGUAAUCAAAAUAUUUCCUUUAUCAUAGCCGACCUUUCUUAACACUUUAAACAGGAAUUUUUGAACAGGUGUCUUCUGGCUGUCUGAAGAUAUAAAUAAAUCUCUUCAAAGAUUCAAUAAUAUGUAAACUCUGAUUUGAUAAUUCCAAAGAAAUAGAACUUUAUAUUUCAAAUAUGAAACAGUAAUUGGUUCUCAGGAAGAAUCAUGCCUGUUUUAUUUAAAGGGCUAAUCAAAUUACAUUUAAAUAUAGUCAAUUAAAAAUUGUUAACUUACUGGUAGCAUUUUACUAUGUGCUACCAGUGUCAUAAUGAUAUUUAAAUUUAUUAUAUUAAUUUUAUGACAUGGGACUUUGUAGUCUUCGAAAUUUCUGCCUGACAAAUUGUGUGCUUCAGUUGAUUUUAACAACUUUACGACAAGUAUUUGACUUCUUAGGAUAUAUGUGGGGACCUAUUCUUGCAAAUUUUUUUCAAAUAAUAUUUGUUAUAUUUGGUUUCUUUGGAGUUUAUCAAUACCGUCCUAGAUACACAAUUGCAUAUUCAGUUUGGUGUGUGUUUUGGUGCUGUUGGAAUGUUUUUGUUGCCUGUUUCUAUUUGAACGCUUUUGGACUAGACAAGGACAGUGACUUGCUGAACCUGGGUACAGGCAGUGUCAGCUGGUGGGAGGUGAACGGUCCGGGCUGUAAGCCUGUGUACCUGGCCAAUCUCAGCACUCUGGAGGUGCCUUGGCGACCUCUGCGGCCAGACUCUGUCUCCGACUGUCUCCUGGAAUAUCAUCUACUGGAGUCUGCUCAGGCUUUGCUCCACCUCUGUUUGGCCGCUAUUGGAUUGGUAUCAAGUGUAAUCAUAAGCUGGUCCCUUAUGGAUGAAGAUGACACCUCUCCAAGUGGUAAAAAGAAAAAAGUUGAUGGACUACCACCACUUUAUUCCAUUGAGUAUAGCCUAAGACAAUCAACCAACACCGGGGAUGACCUAAGUGCUCAUGAACUACCAGAGGAAGACCCCGAGUCAAGACUGUCAUCACCUAGGCCAAUGACUCCUCGAAGAGUAAAGAGGAGAAGUGUCAACUCCAGGGGAUUGCCCCUGCAGAGGACCAGUGCUCCGAUGUCUCAGUAUUAUUCAUCCCAAAGACAUUCCAACCAUGGACGAUCGUCCACGCCACGCGAUCAUCUCAACGCAGAAAUAGGAUUUCCCAUCAAAAUCCAGUCACAAGGCUCAUAGAUCAGCAACAAAGUCAAGAUGGCAGCAGACUGGUGGGCCACACAAACCCAAUGUACCAACAGAGCUCCACACAUUCAUUGGACCAGGAGAGUGAGAGACCCUCGUCUGCUAGGUCUGUCUACUCCAACUACCACGGGACGCGAGCGUUUAGUUACA